AUGCACUCAAGAAAUUUGAUUCAGAGCAGGAUUAGGAGAACUAAGAGUACGCCUAGAGGUGGUAUUAAUAAGCCUCAGGUCAAGACCAAAUUGUCUUAUCACAAGCGUGAUGAAGCUUUAAUUUUAGAGAAUCCUAAAUUUCAAAAAUUCGCUCUUGAUAAAUUUUAACCACGAUAAAAUCUCACAAAAUUUGUUGAUCCAGAAGUUGAAGAUGCAUGAUCAAAAGUACAGAGAUAGACAAAGUAAGAGUAUAAAGACGAUUCCUCAUACUGCGAACUACAGUAGUUACCUCUACAUGAAGAAUUCAAGCCAGACCUUGCACCAGAAAUAUAACAGGAUCAAGAAGAAAGAGCAUUUGGUUGAAAAGUACUUUGUUCCUAAAUCUGCUAAGAAGCCUACUGUUUCAAUGUACCCUCAGAAGUUUGAUACCAGCUCUGUUUCUAGAUCAAUAGAGGAUGUUAAAGAAAAUAGCAGAAGUGCCUCAAAAUAAGAGGAAUAAUUUAUCAACUAAUCGAGGAAAGAGCAGCAACCGGUCAGGAUCUCGCAGACGGAAGGGAAGCUUCAAGUUCCAGUCUAGCGCAAUUGAUAUGAGCAGGGUGUCUAAAUAAGGACGCACGGCUUUUACGUCAGGAAGGAGUUAACACUUUCGCUAAACUUUUCAAGAAAAAGGUUGAGCAAUACGCUGAGAAUCGAUAUAAGAUAGAGAAUUUUAAGAUGCAAUACAAAGAACUCUCAAAACUCAUAAUUAAUGAUGAUGAGAUCAAGAUCCCUAUAGAUUCUAUUUCCAAAUAAACAAGCUGAAAUAUGCAGCGAUAUCAUUGAAGACCUCUCCAUAGUUGCCAAUAUAACUUUCUUCUCAGACGAAGCUAACCCCUCUGAGAUUGCAGAAUUUGAUAAAUAUCUGGACACAAAGAGGAUGAAAAAGGCUGUACAUCCAAGACAUAAGAGGAGCAAGAAUACCAAUGAUCCUUUGGCUAGAAAGAAACCAUUGUCUAUGAUGCCGAGCCAUAACAAGACAUUUGUUCCUGGCUUAGCUCCAAAUUUUGUGAACAACAAACGACUGGUAAAAUUCCAGAUAUGAGGAAUUCAUUUUGGGAAAGAAUCUUGGAGGAAUAUUCUAAAAUAUGCUGGAGAAGCAGUCCAUCUCCAAGUUAUAGCGAUUAAUAAAUGUGUCAUAACUCAGCAAAUACUUGAAGAUCUAGAGAAAGCUCUCUUCAAGUGUGAGACAUGCCAUACUGUAGACUUAAGAGAUAACAACCUGACUGAUGAGUUUGGAGGUCUAAUAGUUAGACUCAUCCAGGCUCAGACUGAGAAAAGAGAUGGACUUAUAUGGGCCUACGACCUCAGAAAUGAAUAUCCCAGCCAUUUAGAUAAAGUGGGACUCAAGUCGAUCAUAUUGAGGAGAAACAAACUUGGAAAGUUGUUCAUGAAAAAGUUGGCAAAAUGGGUUGUUAAUGAUGAAUAUUUGAGACAUAUUGAUUUGUGAUAUAACAAGAUUGGUCCAGAAUCGUUAAAAACUUUCAUAUCUAAGCUCCAACAUAAUCAUGGGCUGGUAUCAUUAGAAUUUAGAGGUAAUCAUGGCUUCACUAAGGAGGUUCAGAGUAUGACUGUCUCCCUUCUUUUAAAGAAUAUUGAGAACUGUAAAAAGAGCCGAGCCAAAAUUAAACCUGAAUGGAUCAAGAAGGACGUUUUCGACAUUGAUAUCCCUAAAAAUAUCCACCAUAAAAUAGAAAACCCAAACAAAUUAAACAGCCAUAGCAUCAAUAUCAAUACACCUCUUCUAACUAAAUUCUAACUUCUCAAAAUUUCAAUAUUCA